GGAGGCGCCAUCUUGUUCCUGUGCGAGGCGGCGGGGCCGGGCCGGGCCUGCGCUGAGGGAGCGCCCAGGGCAGCGCCCGCCGCCACCGCGGGGCCCGGCAUGGACACCCACUACUACGGCGGGGAGCAGUCAGAUGAUGGAGGAGCUACUCCAGUGCAAGACGAGCGAGACUCAGGAUCUGAUGUGGAAGAUGAAGGAAACGAACAACACUCUGGAUCGGAGAAUGGAAGUGUAGGGCACCAUUCAGAGAAUGAACACAGUGGUGGAGAAGAUGAUGGGCAAAUUGGAGAGCCUCAUAUGACAGACUCUGAAAAUGAAGAUAUCCCAAGGCAAAAAGAAAGUGACUCAGAUAAUGAGGAGCCCCCAAAUCACAAUGUAAGUGAUUCAGAAAAUGAAGCAACUCAUGGAGGAAAAGACAGUGAUUCUGAUACUGAGGAUCAUCCAAACCGACAUUUAAGUGACUCUGAAAACGAAGAGGCUUUAAAUCAUCGAGCGAGUGACUCUGACAAUGGAGACCCUCCAAGGGAUCACAGCAGUGAUUUUGAAAACGAGGAAUCCCACAAACAGCCAGCCAGCGACUCUGAGAGCGAGGAGCUCCAGAAGCAGCCAGCCAGUGACUCUGAGAGUGAGGAACUCCAGAAGCAGCCAGCCAGUGACUCUGAGAGCGAGGAACUCCAGAAGCAGCCAGCCAGUGACUCUGAGAGCGAGGAACUCCAGAAGCAGCCAGCCAGCGACUCGGAGAGUGAGGAGCUUCAGAAGCAGCCAGCCAGUGACUCGGAGAGCGAGGAUGUGUCCAGACACAAGCAGAUAGAGUCUGAAGAUAGUGAUGGGGAGGACAGGAAAGAAAAGGUGCAGAAUGACUCUCAUCAUUCAGAUAAUGAACAUGUAAGGAAAGGAUUUCAGGGCUCUGACAGUGAAGACGAAGCUCCUAAGAGACGUAAAAUAUCAGACAGUGAUGAAGAUGAGAAAGAGGAAGAAAAGACGGUGAAGAGGAAAACAGCCAUCCUUUCUGAUAGUGAGGAUGACAGUGAGAAAACACCUGCAAAAAAGGUACGAAUCCUUUCCGAUGUUGAAGAAUCGGAUAGUGACGCUGCUUCAGAGAAAUCUGACAAAAGGAAGAAAAAUGUUGUAUCCGAUAGUGAGGAGGAGGAAGAAGAAGGAAAAGACAAUGCUGAGAAGAAAAAAGGGAAAGAUCUGUUUGGCAGUGACAGUGAAUCUGGAAAUGAACAAGAGAACCUGAUUGCAGAUAUAUUUGGAGAAUCUGGUGAUGAGGAAGAGGAAGAAUUUACGGGUUUUAACCAAGAGGAUUUGGAGGAGGAGAAAGGUGAUGGAGACAUGAAGGAGACAGCAGAUGAAUCAGACUCUGAUGAUAACAUCAAAAGAGGGAAGCACAUGGACUUCAUGUCAGAUUUUGACAUGAUGCUGCAGCGGAAGAAGAGCAUGAGCGGCAAGCGCAGGCGGAACCGCGAUGGGGGAACUUUCAUCAGUGACGCAGAUGAUGUGGUCAGUGCCAUGAUUGUGAAGAUGAAUGAAGCUGCUGAGGAGGAUCGUCAGCUGAAUACACAAAAGAAACCAGCACUAAAGAAAUUAACUUUGUUACCAACUGUAGUCAUGCAUCUUAAAAAGCAGGACCUCAAAGAAACUUUCAUCGAUAGUGGUGUUAUGUCUGCCAUCAAAGAGUGGCUUUCUCCUCUUCCUGACCGAAGUCUGCCAGCACUAAAGAUAAGAGAGGAGCUUCUGAAGAUUCUGCAAGAGCUGCCCAGUGUGAGCCAAGAGACCCUGAAGCACAGCGGCAUUGGACGGGCUGUGAUGUACCUGUACAAACACCCCAAGGAGUCGAGACCAAACAAGGACAUGGCUGGGAAGCUGAUCAAUGAAUGGUCUCGACCCAUCUUCGGCCUUACCUCAAACUACAAAGGCAUGACCAGAGAAGAGAGGGAGCAAAGAGAUUUGGAGCAGAUGCCUCAUCGAAGGAAAAUGAGCAGCUCUGGUGGUCAGACUCCCCGAAGGGACCUGGAGAAAGUGUUAACAGGAGAAGAAAAGGCUCUCAGGCCCGGGGACCCUGGGUUCUGUGCCCGUGCGAGGGUGCCAAUGCCCUCCAACAAAGACUACGUGGUCAGGCCCAAGUGGAACGUGGAGAUGGAGUCCUCCAGGCCCGGGACUAUUAAGAGAGGUAUUAGUCGCUUGGAAAAGCACAAGAGACGGUUUGCUGAACAGAAACGACUCAGCAAAGUGCAUCGGGCCAUCAAGUUCAGCAUUGAAGGCAACAGGAUGCCCCUGUAGCCAUACCACUGCCUUCCCAAGUUGGAGAGGUAUCCCUUGAGGGAGGUGUGAACAGUGCAUGUGCUCCAGCUGUUGGCAGUUUGCACAUGCAGGACAGGAGUGUGUACACCCUAACUUCAACCUGGAAAACUCUCCUUGAAUUCUCUCGUGUCUGUACUGUGACCUACAAGGGAACUUGUACAGGAGAAAACAGGCUCUAGCACAUAACAUCUGCCAUGGCUCCUGCCUGCACAGCUUCAGGGUACCAAAUGACAGGAAUUCAGUGAAAAUACCUGUGCUCAAAACCAGCUUUGCACCACCUGUGGUUUUGAAUGCUGUUUUGACACAAUUAGGUUUUCCAGAUUCACCUGAAGCGACACAUGGGAAUUCUUAGCCCUUGGUACAGGACCUCAUGUCACUGCAUGCUGGCGUCUGUGGCUGACCUCUGACUGGGGCACAGUGAGGUGUUUUUCACACCUGCUCGUUCAAGGAAGUAGAAUGAUGUGAGACAAUAGGGAUGGUUGAUGGGAGCUACAGAAUGAGACCAGGGGGAGAAGAAUCCUCUGCUCUGAGUGUGGG